AAAAAUCUGUUUUUCCACCACGCUUUUUUUCGUUCUAAAAGUUUCCUUUCGAAACACGCGGAUUCUUCUAUUAAAACAAGUGUGAGCAGUCUGUUGCACGUGGUGCGCUCGCUCAGCACUCUUGACUUCUCCGAUGGGCAGCACCUUUUGACAUGAAGCUCUCUUCCAAGAAACUGUGGAAUUUCAGAUUGCCUGAAAGCGAUCGGAUUUCAUCACAAACGUGUGUUUUCUUACAUGCACACUUCUGACGUUUCCUCAAUCGGCUCAAAGGCUCAGGACGCCUCGACCGUAAAAGUGCUGUCUAGUCAAAACUUGUUCAAAAAGAGGAACGCAGCCGCGGACAUACGAAGCAGUAAACUCCUCCUUCUUCCUUUAUCAGACUUUAAAGUAAAAGGAAAAAGAGGAAUAAAGGGAAGCCAUGCCGAUGGAUGCCUGACACCUUUUUUGUUCAUAAUAAACUAUCAGCUGUCAGGGCAAUAUGCGCUGAAAAGGAGCGCCUGAGAAUAUUAUCAGACACGUCGGCCUGCUACUAAAGUGAAUUUCUUACAAGACGCUGUUGGUAAAUCAUGGCAACUUUGAAAAGGCAAAGUUCUUGGCAGGAGGAGCUGACUAAAAGUUUUUCGAGGUUAUUUUCCAGAACUAAAUCUCAAGAUGAGGUGAAGCCGUCAUCUGAACCAGAAGAGAGAGCCGACAGCUCAGAAAACAAAGGAAAUGAAAUCCAGAGUACCGUUAAGGAGAUCAAAGAAGAUAAUGCUUCUAGAGGGCCUUUUCUGGAUUUAUCAAAGGUAUUCCAAGGCACGGAAAAAAAGGAAACUCCUUCAAAGGAUGAAGCUCGCUCCCCGGAUCAAGGUCCGGCCAGCAGUCCUCCCCCCAGUGCUGCCGCCUCUUCCAAAGAGUCCGCUGAGCCGCCCCCUCUAGAUACGUUUUUCAAGAAGCUCAGCAGCCUGUUUCAUUCAUCUUCAAAGACGGACCCGGAUGGUCCCCAGAGCGGCGCCCGGCAGGAUGCCACACAGAAGCUGAACACGGCAGUCAUGGAAGGGAUGCCCAAGGGAGCUAUGAGUGAGUCGGGACGGAGCACGGCAGAUGCACAAGGUCCGGCUUGUCAGCCUUCUGAGGAGGAAAGCACCACUGAGCACGCAGAGGGCAAGCCGAGGGCAGCCGACCCAUUUGAUGACGGGCUUCAGUCCGGCAGGGAGUGCGGUGGGGCGGCACAGUCGCUGGAACAACAGCAAUUUAAUGACCAUGAGAACAAUGAGAAUCAUCUUAUGCAGGGUGUAGAUGUCACAUGCUCAACAGAGGAGAAUAAUAGCCAGGAAUCUGAUCUAACCUCCUUUUCUUCACCUGUUGUUACUUAUGGAACUUAUCGAGGACUAAAAAAGAUCAAAAAGCUAAUGAAAAAACAUUAUCUUCAAGUUGAUUUGCCUAUACCAGAAGGAGGUGAAGAAAGCAUACCUGUGACCUGCAUAAUUACUGAUAUUUUACCAACUCAGGCUGAAGCAGAUGAUCUUGUCCCAAAUCCAGAAGUAUAUUUGACGAAUUUGCCAGAUUUAACCACAACAGUUUCAUCAAAGACAAUUUCUGAGCAAGAGUUUAGCAGUAAAAUUUUCAGCAUGCCCAAUGAUGAGAAGAAAAGAAGUCAAGAAAAAUUUUUUAAUGUUGUUGUGCAAAAGAAAGAAAAUUGUGAUGUUAUUAAUGCUUUCCAUCAGGAGAACGUGGUGCCUGCUUGUUUGACAAAUGGGUGCCUUUUACCUUUUGAUUCCACAGGUUCCCUAGGUUGCAUAGAUGGAAAUUCUUACACCAGCAUAAGUUCAAGCACUUUAUCAAAUGGAGUUUUUUUUAUUGAAAAUAAUCAAUUACCAUCAGAAAGUUUGAGAUUGUGCACAAGUAAGUUAAAUGACAGACAUAUCUCUGCAGUUCUGAGUGAGCAAGAAAAAGAAGUCGCUGAUAACACAGAAAACCUAACCCAGUUCAAGGGCACUUUGGGAUCAACGUUAGAAGCCAACAGUGUACAUUACAGCCAAGAUCAUGGUUCCCUAGAGACUCUGCACACAAACCACCUUAUCAAGUCACUGCCCCCUCCUUGCGGCCAGAAAGGCCAGCCUUCUGAAGAUUGUAUUUCAUUAACUUUUUCCCAGGACACUGACGACAGGGAAAGUGAAAUGCCUGAUGCAACUUGUGUCAAUUCACAAGAGUGUUUGCGGAAUUCCCUACCGAUACAUGAAGCUACAGACAAAAGUGAAUCCAAACAUAUAUUGAUGACAAGGGCAGGACUCUAUGAAACGGCAGACAAAGAUUUAGACGUACAAGCUUUGCAAACAGAGGCUAGACAUAUGGUUCAGACUAUUUUAAAUAGUGCCUUUGCUGUUCUAAAUAAACUUGAGGCUUCUCCUUUAAGGAAUGAGGACCUUUCCAAAAAAGCAGAUGAGCUAAGCUUUCCAGUGGAUGAAUAUGCACAUGUAAAGGAUGAACAGAAAGUGUUAAUGAAUGACAGUAAAUCAGUGUCCUCAACAGAGGAAGGAGAGGGAAGCAGUACAAUUAACAUGAACUUGGCAUCGUCCCUCCCUUCAAUGAGGCCAGCUAGUACUGGUAAGGAGAAUCAGACUUCAGCUUGUUUUAAUGAGGACAGUGUGCUUUCUAAUAUGGCUAUCAACUGUGAAUUUACAUCAAACCCCUCCAAUCAACAAAUAGAAUAUACUAGUUCAGUUAUUGCUAUAGAAGCUGUACCUGCAUCAGAUUUUACCAAAGAAGAAGAAGAGGAUAAUAAACAGGCCAAGGAAAUGUUAGCCAACAAUUUCUUUAUAGACUCCAGUUAUGUCCAUCUUAACAGGUAUCAUAAAGAUAAUUUCACAAGGCCAGCCAGCUGUGAUAUCCAGCAAACUGAUGCACAGGAUAACAAAUCAAAUGUGGUUCACAGUCACAUUCAAAUUGGGAAGCCAAGUGAACUCAAUGAAAACUCAAAGGCAAACCAGAAUUUAGAAACUAUCUGCAAUGUAUGUAAUCUGGGGAGGGAAGCUGUUUCGGAAAAAGCAGAAAAGUUUGAUUUUAAUGAUAACAAAGAAUGUGAGGUUGAUAGAGUAAUAUAUCUAAAAGCAGUAGAAAUAGUUAACGAAGUCCUUCAUUUAGCUAAAGGUGCAACAAACCAAGAUCAGUGCAGCAAUCAUUUACCCUGUACUUUUGAUAAACACACUGUGUUAAUAUCACAGCAGAUAAUGAAUUCAGAUCACUGUUUCAGUGAAGCAAGCGACUUAGGUAGCGGCCAUUCAGAGGAUUUGGUAGUGGUGCAAGAGGAUAGUUCUGAUAUUCUAAUGCUGCCAAGUAGUUGUUCUGAUUGUAAUUUUAUUUCAUUAGCUCAUAUUUUAGAACAUUCACAGAAUUCUGAACAAAUAGACCCUCAGAUUAUCUUCAUGGAAAUGGGCAAUAGCAAUGCAGAUGCAGAACUAACCACAGUUAUGGAAAAUAAUACCCAAGAAAAUUGUAGUAGCCAUGAUAUACAGCAAAAUGAACAUGGCUCAUUUGAAGGGGGGAGUCCAGCACAAGGUGCUUCAGGUGACUGUGAUUUCAGAGCAGAUAAUAAGGCAAUUACUAAUAAUAAUUAUUCCCAUGUUUUGGAUUGUACACUGGAUCAAAACACUGACAGUCAUAGAAAUGAAAAGGAUAAAAUAAAAAUUGUGAAUAGCAUACUGAUUACUGAUACUGACACUCCUGUUCAAAAAUCUAAAGAUAGUGUUGAACAAAGUUUUCACUCCACAUUUCCAGCAAGUGACAUUGUAGUCCCUAAAGACCUAAAUUCGAGUAAUACAAAAGACUUUUUAGGCUUGAAUGAGGAUCAGAGUGCAUUUCAGAAAGCAGCUGAGGGUGAUCCUUCCUAUAUAAACCUUUCUGUGGAAACUCCUAAUAACAUAUUCAAAGAUAUCUUUGAUGACAUGAAAGAGGAAGAAGAACUUGAGCAACUUAAUUCUAUUCUGGAUUCAGAUAUACUUUUGUGUCCCAGUUUUAGAAGGGGGAAAGUUUAUCCCACUUCCUUAUCUCCGAUUUUUGAAGAAGAAAGCUUUAGAGAAGAGUCACUUCUAGACGACCAGGCUGACUCUCCUUUUCCUGAUGAAGCACUAAAAAGCAAGGUGGAAGACGCAUCUUCUAUUCUUUCACUUCUCCAGCUGGUAAGUGAUCGGUUGAGACUUAGUACAUUAUCUGAAAGUAUUGAUGACGAUUGUUCAGAUACUCAUAUGCCUGGAGUUAAUUUUGACUCUGAAAACGAAGAAAUUGUCAACCAUAUGCCUAAUACAACAGACUGCAGCAAUGACUCGAGCUUACCAAAUGUGCCACAAGACAUUUCUAAUCAAAAUGUAUCUUUUCACAAUAUUAAAACCUCUCAACUUCCAGAUCAUAAAGAUUCUCGGUCCUCACCUAGUUCAUUUUCAUUUGCUCAUAAAGCUACUGCAGAGACUCCAUUUUAUCAGUAUGUGCAAAGUAUGAACUCCUCCCUCUCAGUUCCGCCUCCACAUGAUACCCAAGAGAGUAAGAGAACCAAGCAAGAUUUAUCAAAUACAAUUAAUUGGAAUGACAAGGUUCCUGACAUUCAAUGUGAAAAGCCAUCAUUGAGUUUAAUUGACAGGAAGAAUGUGAAAAUCAACCCUCGACCAGGAAAGAUCAUUUUCUACAGUGGACCAGUCUUUACUGGCAAAAAGCAAGAAAUCCUGACAGAUGUUCCUGAUGCCAGAUCAAUAACAUAUACUCAAAAUGUUUCAGUCCAAGUGGUCAGAGGAAGCUGGAUUCUCUAUGAAAACCCAGGUUAUAAAGGACAAUAUUUAGUUCUGGAGGAAGGUGAAAUGGUGCUGAAUCAUGGUUUUGCGGAUGUUAACAGCAUGGAAAGCUGUUCUGUGAAUAUGAUGAUUGGUUCCAUCCGAAGAAUUGCACAGGACACUAGUGUACCAGAAAUUGAGAUCUGGCCAGAAGCUGGGAGGGGGGGUUCAUCUCAGCUCAUCCAAAAAGAAAUCAAGAAGCUGGAAACAUAUGGACAAGUCCCUGGCAUUUCCUCCUUCACUGUUCACUCAGGAAGCUGGCUUGCCUAUGAUGACUUCAACUUUUGCGGAAACAUCACAGUGUUAGAAGUUAAUGGCUGUUCAAAAGAGAAGAAGCAACACAUUAAUGGUGUCAGAUCCUUGAGACCAAUGAAAAUGGGGGGGCUUAAAGUACAGACGCCUCUGGAUCCCAAAGUCAUAGUUUAUGAAACAGCAUCUUUCCUUGGCAGAUCUAAAGAGUUCAAGGACAACCUCCCUUCUGUGGCUGCUGUUAAAGGGCUAGCAGGAGUUGGCUCCCUAAAGGUCAUUGGUGGAGUCUGGGUUGCUUAUGCCAAAGAGGAAUACAAGGGUGAACAAUAUUUGCUGGAAGAGGGUGAAUAUUCUGACUGUCAUGCAUGGGGAGGAUUUGACAGCUCCAUACACUCUCUGCGCCAUUUACAAGCUGAUUUCAUAGAACCGAUUAUAACUUUAAAUGAAAAACCAAACUUGGAGGAUGACCAUAAAAUAAACAUUGAAGAUCUAGAUAUUCCAGACCUGAAAGUUGCAGGCAUACAGAAGGAAGUGCAAUCAAUCUGUGUACAAAAUGGAGUAUGGGUGGCAUAUAGUGAAAAAUACUUUUGUGGACAGCAAUUUAUCCUAGAAAAAGGUUUUUAUAGGAAUAAGAUGGACUGGAAGGGAGAAGGCAGUGCAGUCCUCUCUCUUCGACCAGUGAGACUGGAGCCUAUGGGAGGAUACGAAUAUAACCAUGUGCUGCAAACAUACAGUGAGCCUCAUUAUCAUGGGAGCAGUAAGGAGUACAGAAAUGAAGCCCUGAGUUGCUCGUUUUUUUCACCCAAAUCAUUCAAAGUUCUUCGUGGCUGCUGGCUGCUUUUUGAUGAAGAAGGAUUUGCUGGUAAUCAGUUUGUGUUGGAAGAAGGACUGUACCCUGAUCUCACUUCCUGUGGGUGUGUGGCGACGUGCAUUAAAUCACUGAAGCCUAUUCAAUAUAAUUUUUCAAAGCCCUGCAUCAGUGUAUUUUCUCUGGAUUCCUUUGAAGGCAAAGAACUACUUCUAGAAGAAUCGGCCUCCACUCUUUUAAGCACAGAGAACCACUUUUUUUCACAGUCCGUGAGAGUAUACAGUGGACAGUGGAUAUUAUAUGAAUACACCAACUUUAAGGGCAGGCAAUUGCUUCUCAGUCCUGGCCAGUAUGGCUCCUGGGGUGACUACAGCGGAUGGAAUGCAAUUGGUUCACUUCGUCCUCUACAACAGCCUAAAGUCUACUGUAGAUUAAAAAACAGAGGACUUGAUAUGUUCUUGACUGCUGAACAGGACACACAGGAUUCCAAAUCAGUAAAAGUUACUGUGUGCCCGUUCAAUGGGAAAAGCACACAAAUCUGGACCUGCUACAGUGGCCUUGUCAAGUCAAAGAUAAACAAGACGUGCUUAGUAGUCAGUGGAGGAAAACCUUUGCCAGGAACCAAAGUAGGCCUAUGGAAGAAGCAUGGCAGAAUUCACCAGUUGUGGAAGACAAACCAAGAUGGAACAAUUUCAACUUGUCUGGAUGAUGGACUGGUACUGAGUGUAAAAGGUGGGAAGAGUUAUGAUAAGGACCAUUUAGUUAUAACUCCUGUUGCGGCAAGUGACCUGAACCAGUACUGGGAUAUUCAGGUGCUUUAAAAUGAUUUUGUUUUUUGCCCAUCCAGAAUGGAAUUCCAAGAGAACUGAAAUCUGUGACCUUCAAAAACGUUACGUGCAGCAGGCUGUAUAUUUGAUUUUUGUGAAGCCCCCUGUGUGGCUUUGUGCCAUCAUCACAAAUUGCAGGCACCUUCCACCAUUGGGAGCUCUCGGGUGUAACGAUGUUGAAUUUAUGGAACUCUCUGUUCGAGUCGCUGAUAUUUGCAGUUCACACUACCAGAUACACCACAAAAGCUGCUACUGUGAGCAAAACUUGAAAAUUAAACAAUUUGAAAUGACAUUAGGCAUUUGAUGUACUUAAGGUGGCUACAGAUCACACAGAUAAAAACUGAAAUGGAGUAAACGUGUGUGUGUGUGUAUAUAUAUACUAUAUAUACUAUAAUAUAUAUAUAUAUAAUCUGAAAAGUCUGUGGUGCUCAGUUCUUGCUGGACGAAUGAUGCCAUUCAGUCUAUAACUGUGAGAAGCAGUUCAGCAUCCACUGUAAAAAGUUUGAACUGAUGGACCCCAGCAAGAUGACAAAGUAAUUCUUCUAGGCCAUCCUUUUAAAACAUUAAAAAAAAAA